CUUGUUGACGUUCAAGACCGUGUUGUUGCUGUUCUUGGCGGCGUUCCGCAUGGGUCUGCGGGAGAAGAAUGGAAGGCUGUUGAAUCCGACGCUGCUGGCGCUAUGAAGCAAUGCUUCGAGGCCAGUACCUUCACUCAGGCUCAAAAGCAUGGCCGGCGCGGAGACUUUGCUUCUAGAACUGUAGGUUAUGGCUAUGGAAACGGGCGGCUGAAACCACAGAACUACAGAGUCUCUGGUAAAGCCAACCAGAAGGCUGUGAAUGAGCUCUUACAGAACAAGUCCAUUCGGCGUAUAUCAGGCUUCACCAACGUGCUGUUCAACGCCUUCUGUCAUAAGAACUACGUAGAGUACAACGACGCACAUAACGAACUGCGACAAAAGCAGCCAGAGCUUCAAAGUACCUUUCCUAAAACCUCGUUCGCCGCCGUUACCUUUAACUUAGGGCCACAAUCAUACUCUCCGCCCCACAUGGAUCCUGACAACCGAGCCUCAGGAUGGUGUAUCGAUACUGCUAUGGGCCCUUUUGACCCUGACAAAGGGGGUCACCUAGUUUUUUGGGACUUAGGGUUAGUCAUCCGGUUCCCCCCAGGCUCCAGUAUUCUCUUUCCCUCUGCGCUGAUCACACAUUCAACCAUCCCCAUACAACCUCAAGAAACUCGCUACGCGAUGGUUCAAUAUUCCUCUGGUGGGAUUUUUCGAUGGCGAGACAACGGCUUUCAG